AUGAUGUGGUGCUUUAGGCCAGCGGGCUGCCCUCCAGCCCUUCGUGGUUCAUCUAGGUACAGUGGCAGUGCUGCCCCUGGUGGUCAGUGCUGCUCCCAGCUGCUUCAGUCCCCAUGCGACGGCUCAGCAGAUUAUGGUCAUCACAGAUCAGAGGAGGCCUGGCCAGUGGGAACCCUGUUCACAUUUCACUCUGAGUCCCCAUCUACAUUUGGUAGGGCUGUAAGUAAUCUAUUAGAGUCUCAGGUUUACCCUGGCCCGGACUUAACUUUGAUUCUUUAUUCCUGUAGAGUAGACAACAAGCUCCAAGCUCUAGACGCACAGUUCAAAGAACUAGACAUUACCAAGGAUAAACUGACACAGCAAUUUGAACACCAUAGCAAGACUUUGGCAAGCCAGGCAGCCCAGGAUGAGAUAUGGACUGCAGUUCUGGCCCUCGGGUUCACCUCAAUGGAACUGAAUAUAUUAUUCAGCUACGUCAUUGAAGUCCUUAUUUGCUUGCACACUCGAGUGCUUCAGAAGCUUCCAGACAUGGUGAGAAGUCUCCCGACCUUAGCCUCUGUCCUUAGAAGAACAGUCAAGAACAAGCGUGUUAGAACCGUGUGGGAGUCAGUCCUGGAGGAGUACGGGCUGCAAGAGAGAGACGUCACAGCGCUCUGUACCUUCUUCAUUGCGCAUGGCGACAAAGCAGAACACUAUGCUGCUAAUGUACGACAGAUGUACAUUAAAGAUGUUACGUUCAUGAUCACCAACAUGGUAAAGAACCAGGCUCUGCAGGAUGGUUUGCUGCGGGCUGUUCAGGUCAUUGAGAAGGGGAAAGCAGUGAGGACCCCUGAAAACCAAAGGGCAUCCCUGAAAGAGUUGAUACCAUCAGCCAAAGAUUAACCUGUCAUCCCUACGGCCCAGCAAUUUCACUUUCAGUCAUUUGUAUCGCAAAAACAUGAAUAAUUUAGUGUAGGCUUAUUUUAUUUAUAGCAAAAGUGGGAGGAGCACUAAAGAAAUUAUGACAAAUUGAUACAACGAAUAUUUUGUGUGUAGCCAUAUUAAAAAAAUAAGCAAACUUUUUAUAGUGAAAUAGAGUCUGGGGCAACAAUGUGGGAAGCAGAAAGUAUAAAAAGAGGGCUGGAGAGAUGGCUCAGUGGUUAACAGCACUGACUGUUCUUCCAGAGGUCCUGAGUUCAAUUCCCAGCAACCACAUGGUGGCUCACAACCACCUAUAAUGAGAUCUGGUGUCCUCUUCUGGCCUACAG